AUGUGGGAUGGGCCUUCGCUGGAAUCAGCCAAUAAAACUUCGCCUGCGACUAAUAAAAAAUCGAGUUCCUCAAGCAAAUCAACUACCUCAGCGAGUGCGAGUGCUGGAAAUAAAGGUGCUGGACGGCAGCAAGCGGGUAAUAAUAAUGCAAACGACGAACACGAGGCGAUGAAAAAGUUGUUCAAGCAGUCCGUAUCGAGUCAAGUGAACACGUUCACGAGUUGGAUCGUGCAGAGGGUGAAACACCUGAACGGACAGGUGGAUGCCGACGUGUUCGCGGCAUUCAUAGAGGGCGUCGAUAGUCCGGAUGAGGUUGGCAGAUUUCUAUCUCUAUUUCUCUCAUUUUCUCAUGCUUUUUAUUAUUUUUUGUUAUUAUUUAUUAUUGUUAUUAUUUAUUGUUGUUUUUUUUGA